AUGGCGGCGGCUUUGCCUCCCCCGGAGGCCGCGGCGGGGGCGGCGCGGGUGGGGCUGCUGUACGACGAGCGGAUGUGCGCGCACGCCACGCCCGACGGGGAGGACCACCCGGAGAACCCCGAGCGGCUGCGCGCCAUCUGGCGCAAGCUUAACGACGAGGGCGUCGUGUCCAGGUGUGUGGUCCUUGAGGCGAAGGAAGCUGAGGACAAGCACAUAGCUUCUGUUCAUAGCCAGAACCAUAUAAAGCUGAUCAAGAAAAUUAGUUCAAAGACUUAUGAUUCCAGACGAAACAAGAUUGCUAAGAAAUUCAACUCCGUUUACUUCAACAAGGGUUCCUCGGAGUCUGCUUUACUUGCAGCUGGUUCUGUCCUAGAGGUAGCUGAGAAGGUUGCUGCUGGUGAGUUAAGUUCUGCUAUUGCUCUAGUCAGACCUCCGGGCCACCAUGCAGAACAUGAUAAGGCAAUGGGAUUUUGCCUCUUCAACAAUGUGGCAGUUGCAGCUAAUUACCUCUUAAACUAG